AUGUCUGCACUAUCUGCUAUUACUGAAUACGGUUCUAGUUCAGAUGACAGUAAUUCCGAAGAUAACGAACCAUUCAUUAAGAAAGCAAAGCUCUAUGUGCCAAGCUUAAGUGGUGUUCCUACAGUUUCCACUGAAAUUCACUCUGAUGACCCCCAAGACCACGAUGGCAGAAUAAGGUCUUUUCCUCAUGUAAGGGGUAAUUGGGCAUCUUUUGUUUACAUAAAAUAUCCCAAAGAAGAUAUUCUCCUAAAUUUUAUUAAUAAAAUUGAGAAGGCAGUUAAUCAAGAUCUUCAGCGACUUUGUCACAGAGCAAAUGAUUUCCAUAUAAGUUUAUCUAAAACUGUGGUUCUGCAGUAUCAUUUAAUCACCCCAUUUACUAAAUCGCUACAAGAAACUUUCAGUGACACUGAAAGUUUUGAAUUAGAAUUUUCUUCUGUGAGGAUUUAUUGUAACGAAAAUAAAACAAGAACUUUUAUUGUACUCGAAGUGGAUUAUUUUACCAAGAAAUGUUUGCUGCAGCUUUGCAGCAAAGUUGAUCAAGUUUUAGGAGAUUUCAAGCUACCUUUAUUUUACGAGAAUCCAUCAUUUCACACAAGUAUAUUGUGGUUCAAUGGAGACAAGACAAGUGAACUCGCUAUUCACUUGGAAAUGUUCAACGCUUUACUACGAGAAGAAAUAGAAAACUCUUUAAGACCAGUUUAUAAAUUGCUUCCAGCUACUGUACCAUCUGCUUCUUCAAAUCAUAAUAAAAUAAUCAUGCAUAUUAAUCCAAAAUUUUCCAAACAAAUUUUACCAAAUCAAAGUAAAAUUUAUGUCAAUCCAAUUUUUUUGAAUAAUGCAGCAGAUUGCAGAUUACAGGAAACUCGUCCGGUCUCUAGUAUUUCAACUGUAAAUUUGAAUAAUCAGUCAAACUUAGCCCUCGUUGAUAUUCAAUCUGACAAAAGUUUACCACAACCAUUUAUAUCAAGAACAAGAUAUACUUUAGUGAGACAAAAUACUAAUCAACCUAGCCAAUGUCAUGUUUCUGAAAAAGUGAAGACAACUAUGAAAAUUAACAAAUAUAAAUCUAUAGCUAUAAAGAAAUUUAAAAAGGAUAUCGAAGUCCCAAAGGAUUUGCAGGUUGCCAAACAACCAUCAGUGGUUUAUCAUACUUCGAAUCAGAAGUUUACGGACUCUGCACUUGUUAAUCAAACAGAAGAUCGAAGUAGCCAUAAAGCUACUCUUUCAAAACCACAGAAAUAUUAUAAAAACAAUUAUAAAUUUUAUAAACCUAGCACAGUGACGGUUGUAACAAAAUCGAAAUCUUUGAGUAGAUCAUUUUCAAUUGACAAAAAUUGGAGAAAUGCAAAAUUAAAAGUGACAAAAAAAAAUUUGAAGAAGAAUAAUAUUCCAUGUCCUUUAUAUAGAAAAUAUGGAAAAUGUCUAAGAAGUAUUAAUGGUAUUUGUGAUUUUUUACAUGACAAGAAACAUGUCUCUGUAUGCAGAAAUUUUUUAAAAGGCAUAUGCCAAGAAGAAACAUGUCUUCUGUCUCAUGAUGUCUCAGCAAAAAAGAUGCCAACUUGUUACUUUUAUUUAAAAGGUAUUUGUACUAAAGAUAAUUGUCCAUACUUGCACGUAAAAUUAAAUGAAAAGUCCAAAAUAUGUCAAGACUUUUUGAAAGGAUAUUGCGAGAAAGGCAAUAAUUGUUCAAAUCGACAUAUUGUUAAUGAUUCAUUUACGCAAAGUCAAAACACUGCAAAUAGAUCUAUAAUAUGUUCUCGAAUAGAUAAAAAGAAAUCAACCAGUUUUAUUAAAUCGAAAAAUACAAAUAAGAAUGUAAAGAUAACUUCGAAAAACGUUGACAAUAACGAAGUUCAAAACUCAGACCUAAGUUCUGGAGAGCGUAGAUACUAUAGUGAAGUAAUUACAAAAUCAGAAACUUCAACACCUAAAGCAAUUAAACCCUCAAGAUGUAAAUUAGGAACAUUGCCUUCUUACAUCAAAUUGUGA